CUCUCCCCCACACUAAUCGAAUCUAGAUAACUACUGGUCUUCACAUAUCCUCAGGGAUAAGGAGUACUUAAUGAACAUUGAGGGCAUUCACCUUCGCAGUGCAAAACAAAUAAAGCGCUGUUUCUCUUGACACGUCGCAAAUGAACCCGCAACCUCCCCAGUAUGAUAAUGUACAGCGCCCGCUUGGUCGCGCAUCAUUCCAAGUCCCAACAGAAGCAAGCUUGGCGCGAUCGCAACCCGGAAACUUGCAGCGCCCAAUCAGCAACUCACCGACUAAGAGCUUACAAGGAUCCACCAAACAAGACAGCCACAAUAAGCUCCAAAACCAAUCCGGAGCAAGGGCCUUUGGGUUGCGCGAUAGAAAGGCUCUGAGGCCCUCACUGGCUUCAGAUUCAAGCCUAAGAUUGGAUAGAAUCUCCCCAAGCAGGCGAUCAAGUGGUCUUCAAGCCUUUGCAGUUCCUCCAAGGCGAGUUUCGAGGAGAAUCCUUCCUUCCGACUUGUCGUUUCAGACCCCAAGUGUGGCACAGGAGACUGGCCCGCGGAAUGGGCUCCCCGACAGCCCGGAUGAUCAAUUAGAAUCCGAGUUGAGUAUCGCGACGGGUGAGGCCGACUCGCAUAAAGACUUGGGUCAAACUGCCUUGCACGAAGGAUUCGAAGAACCCGAUCUUCCCCCAACUCCAACACAGUUAGGACUCGAAAGAUCUCCUGCACGGCCAAGAAGGCUACUAAGUAGCAGCCCGACUACCCAACGUGGUGUCCGGGGCAAGCGACGACCCACUGACUACCAAGAACAGAGUCCUUCAAAGCUUAGGAGUGUUCAUCAUGGAGCGGAAGACAAAGAUUUAUCUGGCUCUGGCCUAGAUAUGAGUCAAUCUCUAUUCCCAGUGCCUGUCUUGAUGAGACGGAAAGUGAAAGAGCAGCUUUCCAUGGAUAUACAGCAGCUCAACGAUGAGAUUGCCGAAUUGGAGAAUUGGUCGAUGAGUUCAAGCCGCCAUACUGAUAAUACAGGAUGGGAGAUGAGCAGGCUUGUGUCAUUAUUAGCCGAAAAAUCUUCUCAUGUAACAUCUGCAACGCCUGGCUCACAUGAUGAGCCUAUAUCGUCUCUAAUCUCAACGUUACUUCCAUUCUCGGCGAAAUGUCUUCGAAUAACCCCGGAGGAGGCUCUCCCACUGAACCCUUUUGCUCUUAGCGAACUUUCUCAUGCCCAAUCAUAUUUAACGAUCUUCGCCCCAUUGACCCUCAAGGCAUACUCAGAUACCUACUGCGGGUUGGAACCAGGCAUACAUUUGGAAAGACGUACCCUAGAACUGUCUCCACCGCCUCCAAUCCCUUCUACGCUCCUCGACAUAUCUAUCAACUACGAAGUAAACCUAGGAACACAGUCUAUACUCUCCAUAUCCGCACCGUUAGAUGGCGACAAGAAAGUACCGGUAUAUUUACGACAGUGGAUUGACUCAAGAUUGGCGAACCCUCUCUUGAAGUUGGACUUAUCGGGUCUAUGUUGGGGUAUAAAUCGGUAUUGGGAAGCUAUAAUUUCGCGUGCUCGAUUAUGGUCGCGACUAGAAAGCCAAUGCCAAGGACGGAUGACAAGUCAUGGAGGCACCGUUGAGCUAGGUGACUACGAAAACUCCAAUGCGCAGAUUCUCACGACACUAGAUCUGCGCAAAAUACUACCGCAUCUCGAGCGUACAUCUAUGCUUUUCGAGUCUAGGGGUGAAGAUGCUCUAAGAGUCCACCUUUCAUGCGAACUAGCCCUUGACGAAUGGGCGGGUGAGCCCCGGCUAGUGCCAACGAUCAGUAUCUCUGCGCCAUCCAAAAGGGAUGGAUGCUCAGGCAAGAAGAUAGAACAGGAUGCAAGGAGAUUAUUCCAUGCAAUCUUGAGCGAGAAGCGGAGUGACCAAAUUGGCGCAGACAUUGAAAUCGAUGCCAACACGAUAGUACAGGCUAUGGAGUGUGUUUUGGGAGCUUUUUUCUGUAUUGAUCUUGAUAAAAAUGCUUCCAAAGGGAAGAUAAAAGGGUGAAGCGGGUAUCAUUGGAACUGGAUUACCUUAAUGUUUGGAUCAACGAACCUAGUCAAGAACGAUAGCAUCAGCGUACCACUUGUUUAUGCCAAUGGAUGGAAGGCAUCUUUCCAGCGCAGCUUCACUUCUGCCAAACGAAAAAACAAGGUAGCUAGAAACAACCCAGGGAAAGAGAAGCUCAAGAUUACGAAGAAGAUUACGCAAGCUGAAAUGCAGUAUAGAUACAUUUCCGUCAUUUAGCUAGCUUACCGGGGCCUGCAUCAGGUUACCCUUGCAUAGGAUCUUGCGUGCU